AGGAAGGGACCAUUCCUAGCAGGAAGCGUCGUUAUUACUGCUUUUAUGGUUCAAGGAUCUGUAGCCUGUAGGAUUUUUAACGACGUGGGAAUUCACACUCCAGCCAUCUCCCCGAAAGGAGCGUUCCGAGCACGCCUGUGAGUCCAUUUAGUGGUACAGCACCUCAACACCAUGAAGCAGCGAGUGGUGGAGCCCUGGUGUGCCUUGGUCCUCUGUCUCCUCUGCUCACCCCCUACCUUGGCCAUCAAUGACUUCUUCACCUCCAUCGGCCAGAUGACAGACCUGCUUUUCACGGAAAAGGACCUGAUCACCUCGCUGAAGGACUAUAUCACAGCCGAGCAGAGCAAACUGGAGAGGGUCAAGAAGUGGGCGGAGAAGAUGGACGCCCUGUCGGUCACGGCCACCCAGGACCCAGAGGGCUUCCUGGGCCACCCGGUCAACGCCUUCAAGCUGAUGAAGAGACUCAACACUGAGUGGGCAGAGCUGGAGAGCCUGGUGCUGUCAGACAUGUCUGAAGGGUUCGUCUCCAACCUGACCAUCCAGAGGCAGCACUUCCCCAACGACGACGACCAGGUGGGUGCGGCCAAAGCUCUGAUGAGGCUGCAGGACACCUACAAGCUGGACACCAGCGUCAUGGCCAGCGGGGAUCUGCCAGGCACGUCCUCCAUGGGGCCGCUGAAGAGCAGGCUGACCGUGGACGACUGCUACGACCUUGGCAAGGUGGCGUACUCUGAGGCGGACUACUUCCACACAGAGCUGUGGAUGAGCCAGGCCCUGCAGCAGCUGGAGGGGGGCGAGGAGCCGGCCUCCGCCGCCGCCGACGCAGUCACCAUCCUGGACUACCUCAGCUACUCCAUCUACCAGCAGGGGGAGCUGGAGAGGGCGCUGGAGUACACCAGGCAGCUGCUCCGACUGGACUCCACGCACCAGCGGGCCAACGGGAACCUCAAGUACUUUGAGUACCAGCUGGACAAGCAGAAGAAGGUGGAGGAGGACGAGAAGAAGGAGGAGGACGACGAAGAGGGGACGGUGAGGGAGGAGGAGAAGACCAAGGGCGAGCGAGGCACGGCCGACUACCUGCCCGAGAGGAGGAAGUACGAGCAGCUGUGUCGGGGCGAGGGCAUCAAGAUGACUCCUCGGAGGCAGAGCCGCAUGUUUUGUCGUUACUUUGACAACAACCGCCACCCGAAGUUCGUGAUUGCUCCGGUGAAGGAGGAGGACGAGUGGGACCGCCCACACAUCCUGCGCUACCACGACAUCGUGUCGGACGCGGAGAUCGAGUUGGUCAAGCAGCUGGCCAAACCAAGACUACGUCGCGCCACCAUCUCCAACCCCAUAACUGGUGUUCUGGAGACUGCCCACUAUCGUAUCAGCAAGAGUGCCUGGUUGACCUCUUAUGAGCACAAAGUGGUGGACAAGAUCAACCAGAGGAUCGAAGACAUCACAGGCCUGGACGUCACCACUGCAGAGGAGCUUCAGGUGACUCGGUGGCAAAACUACGGCGUGGGAGGACAGUACGAGCCUCACUUCGACUUUGGCCGGAAAGAUGAGCCAGAUGCCUUCAAGGAGCUGGGCACGGGAAACCGCAUUGCCACCUGGCUCCUCUAUAUGAGUAACGUGUCCUCGGGAGGUGCCACCGUCUUCACAGACGUAGGAGCAGCUGUUUUGCCCAAAAAGGGCUCGGCUGUGUUCUGGUACAACCUCUUCCCCAGCGGAGAGGGAGACUACAGGACACGACACGCCGCCUGCCCCGUCCUGGUGGGCAACAAGUGGGUGUCCAACAAGUGGAUCCAUGAACGAGGACAGGAGUUCAGGAGACGAUGCCCCUUAGCUUGGCAGCGUAACACCACCUUCCCUGGGACUCCCGCUUCCUCGUCUCCUUCCCUUGUCCCAGCACCACCUUCUUUCCCCCCCCCCCCCCCCCCCCCCCCCCCCCCCCCCCCCCCCCAGCCUAGUGCCCCCAGCUAAGUGGAAAGCUGCGCAUGUGAUUUGACACAUUCAUUUUUAUCUGAAGUGUGAGGUGUGUGUGUGUGUGCGUGUGGUGGUCAUGUUGAUUUCUGUUACGGUAAAUAGGCGCGUGUGUGCGUGUGUGUGUGUGUGUGCGGUGUGUGUGUGUGUGUGUGUGUGUGUGUGUGUGUGUGUGGUGUGUGUGUGUGUGUGUGGGUGGUUUAUCUUCUGACCGCAUCUGUGCCUUUUUUUUGGUUGAGUUUUGCACUAUGCGUUCAUUAAACCCACACCCCUCCAGCUCCCAGCUCCCCUCCACCCAUUCCAAUACAACAAGAGUGUCAUCACGACUUACUGCUACUGUAGAACAAAUCCAGAAUCGAUAUACUAGGACGGCGCCCUCUACUGUCAAAUAUCACUGACCUUUGAGUUUUUGCAGAUAUUUUAUUCUUGUUAUUUGGUAACACUUAACAAUAAUGGCACAUCAAUUUACAUUAGUUAAUGCAGAAAUUAAGCAUUAUUAUAUAGCAUUACCAUAGGGGUAACUGUGUAAGGUUUAACCCUGACCCUAACCCCAUAAAACAAUGACUAAAUGAAUACCUUAGUUAAUUAUUCACCCUUACUGUUAAGUGUUGCCUGUUCUUUUUAAAUCCCUCAUCCAGUUGUUAUGAUUUCAUUUUCCUGGUUCAUCAUUGAUCAAUCCUAUGAACCCGGUUGUGCAAACACCACUCGUCUCCUCCCACUGUCACCUGACACGGGGAGUCCUCUCCUACUACACUGUCACGAUCGGGACCUUUUAACCUUUCUCAGCCUGCGUCAUCACACGAUCAUUAUCUCUCUCCCUCUCCCCCCUGUGUCUCUUGCUCCCUCCCCCUCGCCUCCUUUCUGCGAGUCAAGGUCACGCUUUCAUGUUGGCUGUUGCCAACCUCCUUUAGAAAGCAUAUGUGGGGAUGAGGGGAUAGACCCAUGAUAAAACAAUCGUUCAGUGCAAGAUUAUUAAUAAAUGGGUAUGACCACAUCUUGUCUUCCAGUCCCAUAUACUGGCUGCCCCCAGGUCAGAACAUUGUUCAAUACCUAAAUACUCUGUGUAUUUCAGCUCCACCAUGCCCCCUCUUUUCAACCAAUGGGGUCUGUGUCUGUCUUGAGGUCAUUCCCCUGUUCCAGGUCAACGAACCGAUAGACAUUGACACAUGACACUGCCAGGUCAUCAAAAACGGCUGACUAUAUAUAUAUAUCUUUUAUGUCUCUGCUACCUGUGUCUCUUGGCUUUUUCUUUUGACCCCCUUCUGCUUGCUUGGCGGUUGAAUCAGGAGUAAGACUUGACUGGGCUUGUAUUCAUGAUAAAAAAUACUUUUGUAAUAUUCCGGAUGUCCAUCUUUUCAGUGCAUGCAUGUCUAAUAAGUGCUUGUGGUGUUUUUGCUUUAAACUAUGAAAAUUUGAGACUGAAUCUUUCAUUUAGCCUCUAGAAGCUUUAAAUAGCAAGUAUCCUAAUUUUGGUUUAAAGAAAAAGGUUCAUGAUUUCUCAAAACACAAAAACAAAUGAGUAUUGUAAUAUGGAUGGAGGAUGGUAAAUCAAGUCAAUGUCUGCCAUGGUGAAAUCUGUAUAACAGAAUAUGCAGGUAACUUAAAUCACUUUGUUUGUCCAUUCAUGGAUCCUGAAGAGAGGUGAAGAAGUGUCCUUGUCCACCCCUUAUGUGAGCCCGCCAUGUAGUCACUCAAUACAACACAGAACCUCUCUACAUUGCUUGUAUGUCUGCAAGCUCUAGACAUGCAGCUCAGACGUUUCGAUUUUUUUAAAACGCAAAGAUGUGUGUAAACCUGUAUGCAAGUAUUUUAUGUGGGAUGCAUUGGCUAUUUGAUAAUUAAAUAAAUGUUAUUUCCUUUUAAGAAUCCAA